CUCGCCUGACGUCCCCGCGCGCUGCGUCAGACCAAUGGCGAUGGAGCUGAGUUGGAGCAGAGAAGUUUGAGUAAGAGAUAAGGAAGAGAGGUGCCCGAGCCGCGUCGAGUCCGCCGCCGCCGCAGCGCCUCUGCUCCGCCAACUCCGCCGGCUUAAACUGGACUCCCAGCUCCGCGAGGGCGCGGCGCAGCCGGGCAGCGGCUCUCUCAGCCUUGGCAACCCCAGGGGCCACUAUUUCCCACUUAGCCACAGCUCCAGCAUCCUCUCUGAGGGCUGUUCACCAACUGUACAACCACCAUUUCACUGUGGACAUUACUCCCUCUUACAGAUAUGGGAGACAUGGGCGAUCCACCAAAAAAAAAACGUCUGAUUUCCCUAUGUGUUGGUUGCGGCAAUCAAAUUCACGAUCAGUAUAUUCUGAGGGUUUCUCCGGAUUUGGAAUGGCAUGCGGCAUGUUUGAAAUGUGCAGAGUGUAAUCAGUAUUUGGACGAGAGCUGUACCUGCUUUGUUAGAGAUGGGAAAACCUACUGUAAAAGGGAUUAUAUCAGGUUGUACGGGAUCAAAUGCGCCAAGUGCAGCAUCGGCUUCAGCAAGAACGACUUCGUGAUGCGCGCCCGCUCCAAGGUGUACCACAUCGAGUGUUUCCGCUGCGUGGCUUGCAGCCGUCAGCUCAUCCCUGGGGAUGAGUUCGCGCUUCGGGAGGACGGGCUCUUCUGCCGUGCAGACCACGACGUGGUGGAGAGGGCCAGCCUGGGCGCCGGUGAUCCGCUCAGCCCUCUGCACCCGGCGCGGCCGCUGCAAAUGGCAGCCGAGCCCAUCUCUGCCCGGCAGCCGGCCCUGCGGCCCCAUGUGCACAAGCAGCCGGAGAAGACCACCCGCGUUCGGACUGUGCUGAACGAGAAGCAGCUGCACACCUUGCGGACCUGCUAUGCCGCCAACCCCCGGCCAGACGCGCUCAUGAAGGAGCAACUGGUGGAGAUGACAGGCCUCAGUCCCCGCGUGAUCCGGGUCUGGUUUCAAAACAAGCGGUGCAAGGACAAGAAGCGGAGCAUCAUGAUGAAGCAGCUCCAGCAGCAGCAGCCCAAUGACAAAACUAAUAUCCAGGGGAUGACAGGAACUCCCAUGGUGGCUGCCAGUCCAGAGAGACACGAUGGUGGCUUACAGGCAAACCCAGUGGAGGUGCAAAGUUACCAGCCGCCUUGGAAAGUACUGAGUGACUUCGCCUUGCAGAGUGACAUAGAUCAGCCUGCUUUUCAGCAACUGGUGAAUUUUUCAGAAGGAGGACCGGGCUCUAAUUCCACUGGCAGUGAAGUGGCGUCGAUGUCCUCUCAGCUCCCAGAUACACCUAACAGCAUGGUAGCCAGUCCUAUUGAGGCAUGAGGAACAUUCAUUCAGAUGUAUUUUUUUUCCCUGUUGGAGAAAGUGGGAAAGUAUAAUGUUGAACUCCGAAACAAAAGUAUUUAACGACCCAGUCAAUGAAAACUGAAUCGAGAAAUGAAUGCUCCAUGAAAUGCACGAAGUCUGUUUUAAUGACAAGGUGAUAUGGUAGCAACACUGUGAAGACAAUCAUGGGAUUUUACUAGAAUUAAACAACAAACAAAACCCAAACCCAACAUACGCUAUCCAAUGACCUUAGGAGUACUGAAAAAAAAAAGACGUUUUUAAAACGUAGAGGAUUUAUAUUCAAGGAUCUCAAAAAAAGCAUUUUCAUUUCACUGCACAGCUAGAGAAAAGCAGAAAUAGAGAUUUUCUAGUCCAUCCUAUUCUGAAUGGUGCUGUUUCUAUAUUGGUCAUUGCCUUGCCAAACAGGAGCUCCGGCAAGUGAGCAGGAAGAGAAAACUGGCCUCCUUGGCUGAAAGUCCUUUCAGGAAGGUGGAGCUGCGUUGGUUUGCGAUGUUUUUCGUUGACUUUAACAAGGGGUUAAUUGAAAUCCUGGGUCUCUUAGCAUGUCCUGUAGCUGGUUUCUUUUUUACUUUUGCCCCUCCCCCCUUCUUCUUCUUCUUCUUCUUCUUCUACUUCUUCUUCUUCUUCUUCUUUGCUUUUUUUUUUUUUGAGAUCCAUCCUCUAUCAAGAAGUCAGAAGCGACUUUAAAGGUUUUUGAAUUCAAAUUUAAAAACCAACUUAUAAAGCAUUGCAACAAGGUUACCUCUAUUUUGCCACAAGCGUCUCGGGAUUGUGUUUGACUUGUGUCUGUCCAAGAACUUUUCCCCCAAAGAUGUGUAUAGUUAUUGGUUAAAAUGACUGUUUUCUCUCACUCUGGAAAUAAAGAGGAAAAAAAAAGGAAACUUUUUUUUUGUUUGCUCUUGCAUUGCAAAAAUUAUAAAGUAAUUUAUUAUUUAUUGUCGAAAGACUUGCCACUUUUCAUGUCAUUUGACAUUUUUUGUUUGCUGAAGUAAAAAAAAAAAGAUAAAGGUUAUACCGUGGUCUUUGAAUUAUAUGUCUAAUUCUAUGUGUUUUGUCUUUUUUCUUAAAUAUUAUGUGAAAUCAAAGCGCCAUAUGUAGAAUUAUAUCUUCAGGACUAUUUCACUAAUAAACGUUUGGCAUAGAUAAAUAAAUAAAUGCAAUGA